AAUAAUUGCCCUAAAUAACCAUGCUUUAUAAUCGGACAAGGGAGAUUUGACAACAUAAAACGUAAAGAUGGGUCCUAUGACAUAUUUAGCAGUUGAUGAUAGAGUUAAAAACAAGCUGGUGCUUCUGGUUGUGGUAUUUGUAAAGAUGGAAGCAAUUAUCCAUGUGGGAAAUGUGAACUCGAAGCGGUUAGAAGUAAUGGAUCCAAUGACUCCAAUGAUGAAACUAAACAAUCCGAGCUGCACCUCCCACGGAGAAUUCCAAGUUGACUCCAAAGCUUCGAAUAUGUUAGCAACUAGAAGAAACGUGGCAGAGAAUAAGGCAAUUUUACCUAUUAGUUUGGUCUUUGGCUGACCCUUUUUUGCUUCAUGGUUAAGAUGCAUCUGGAGGGCUUCUGAUAGAUUCUUCAUUUUUUCAGUAAUUGGAUCCAACAGAGCUCUCAUUGUUGAUUGGUAAUGCACCUUGAGUAAUUUCCAUUGAUUGCUCACCUUCUCUUCAACCCAAUCUUGCAGAAAGAUUGGCUGACAUAUAAGACUAGUUAUUAUCAAUAACGGAUGAAACUUUAC